AUGGAUAUAAGAGCUGAAAAAUUAGCAAAAGCACGUAAAAAGUUAAAAGACCAUCAGGAAAAGAAGACUGUAAUAAGCCAAAAAUGCGAAGGAUCUGUACAAAUUGAUCAAACUACCUUAUUGCAACAAUCUUUAAAUGAUAAUACAAAAACUACUACUGAUAACGUAAACGAAGAACGCCACUUAACAGUCAAUGGUAAUAGAGAUUUAUAUAGCAACCAAGACAAAAAUAAGUCUGAUGUUAGGUCGGAUAUAAAUGUCACUGAAAUUCUAAUUUCUAACAGAACUAAUCUUGAAAUGCAGAUAAGUGAGUUAAAUGGAAAGUUAGCAAACCUUGAAUAUCUACAUGAGUUGGAAAUAAAUAAUCAUAAUACUGCUAAACAAAAAAUUAUAGCAUUACAAUCUGAAGUGACAGAUUUAACAAACAAUUAUUCUAUCACACUUCAAGAAGCUAGUAUCAAAGAUGACACUAUUAAACAAUUAAAUACUUUAAAUCAAUCUCUUAAAGAUGAAAAUAAUAAUUUAUCUGAACAAUUGGAAUUUACAAAAUCAAUGUUAACCUCAAAAGAGUUUGAAAAUGCACAGCUACAAAAUCAAAUAUUUACUUACCAAAAUCAAUUAGAUUCGUUACAACUGCAAAUACAGCAAUUAACUAAUGACUCACCUAUUAAUAUCAGACAAGAUAGUAAUAUAUUAGAAGAAACUGAUGCUUUAUUACAAAAAAUUCCUGGCUUAGAGCAAAAAAUAGAAGCAUUACAGAAAGAGAGAGACCACAUACAAUCUCAUUAUGAGCAUUAUGUACAUGAGUUAAAUGAACAACUAAGAUCUGAAAUGAUUAAAAAUGAAAACCUUGCAAAAGACUUACAGAACUUAUAUAAUAGAGAAAGUAGCCUUGUUGACCAAAUAAGUGAUAUGGAAAUACGUUUACAAAACUAUGAUAUCAAAAAUAAAGCUGAUAUGUGUAAACAAGAAGUGGAAUUAGAAAUACAGAAAGAACAUCAAGAAGUUAAAGAACAACUUGAAGAAACUAACAAGAAAUAUAGUCAAUUGAAGAUGCAAUACACAGAAAGUAUCGAAAAAAUUCAAGCAUUACUACAGGAAAAAGACAGUAUGAGUUGUAAUGAAAAUAUUUGUAACCAUGACAAUGUUGAUAUUACCAAACUUACUGCAGACAUAACAAGCGAUAAAUUAGCAGCUCAAAGAGCAACAGAACAGAAUAAAAAGUUAAAACUUGAUGUAGAAGGACUAGAGCAAGUCGUAAUUAAAAUGGGAAAAGAUAAGCUAGAAUUGACGGAAAAAUGGACACAUGAAAAACAACUUAAUAAGGGGUUGGCACUUAAACUAGCUGAAGUUGAAGAAAAUUUUAAGACCAUUCAUAACCAACUAAAGGCUAAGGAUGAUGAAAUGAUUAGAUUGCAAAAUGAAUAUCGGAUAGUAGAACAAAAACAUGAAAAAGCUUUGCAUGAAUUAGAUCAAAUAAAAUCAAGUUCAAAUGUUACACACAAUCAUGAAUUGCCAAGUGAAGAAAGUCAUAAUAAUCAUUUCGACAACAAUAUAGAACACACAGAAACAUCACAAAUGUUAUUGCAGCCAGUUCCUACAGAAAUAAAAAUAAACUCUACCGAUGCCAUGCGCAUACAAAAAGAGGACGCCAUGGUUAAGCUUCAGGAACGCUUUUUGAAUAUUAUGGACGAAGUUGCCAACUUGUCUGACGAGAAACAUAGACUCGAACAUAUUAUAUUGCAGUUGCAAAACGAAACAGAUACAAUCUGUGAGUACGUAGCCCUCUACCAACAACAGAGAAGCUUAUUAAAAAAAAGAGAAGAAGAAAGAAGUAACCAACUAAAAAUAUUCCAAGCUGAAUGUGAUAAACUAAAGCGCCAUUUAGAAGAACUAAGUGAUUUGCUCUUGAGAUUAGCCGCUGAUGAGCAACUAGCCUCAUUUUUAAAAGAAGAAUCGAAACACAACGAUUUGGCUCGUGUAAAGGAGCUGCUUCAAAAAUUACAAAAUUGCUCAUUGAUCAACCCAAAAUUUAAAAAUUUACAUUUAAAUGUUUUCUACCCAUGCAAUUGUUGUUCUGGCCAACUCAUAGAUAUU